CAUCCGUUUCUCUUGUAUAAAACAACAGUACAUUUUUCACUAUGAAAAAGCGUUGUGUUGUAUCGUUUUAGAAAGUCGUUUCUUGGACAGUCAAUCGGAAAUUAGUAUGGCGUUUCCCAUAAUGUUCACCCUCAAUGAGCUGCCAUCUUUCUCUGACCCAUGGGGAUACAGCGACAUUGUGCUAAAAGUGCAAGAUGAAAGAUUCCAUGUCCACAAAGCUGUAUUAGCCAUGAGUUCGCCUGUGUUCAAGGUCAUGCUUCAGUCAGACAAGUUUAAGGAAUCAAGUAUGGAAGAAAUACCAUUGCCUGGAAAAAAAGCAGACCAGUUUUAUGACUUCUUGUGUAUGAUUUAUCCUUUUCCAGUGCAAAUAUCAGACAACCAUGAUGUCCAGAGUCUCCUUGAGUUAGCCCGUGAAUACCAAGUAAACAAACUGAUACAUAAAUGUGAAGAAAGACUACUACAGAAACAGAGCUCUGUGGAACUGAUCCUUCUUGCUCAAGAGUUCUCUCUGAAGAGGUUAAUGGAAAAAUGUCUGAGCUCCCUGAGUAGAAUGCAAUUGCAAGAAUUAAAAGUACACCCAAAGUUUGAAGAAAUAGAGACAUGCCAUUUAGUCAGCUUACUGAACAACAACAUUCGCUGGCUCAAGGAACAACAAGUUAGGGAAAUCCGUCAGCUGAAAGAGCAACACAGAACUGAGAAAGCAGGAGCCUUGAGUAUUGUCAAUGAACUAAAUGAAUGCUGGGGAUUUAAUAAGCUACCAAUGAGAGGCUGCGCAUGCGCGUCGUACACCAAGUCAUGUGACAUUUGUAAUACAGUGCUAGAGAAAUAUGUUAAGACAAAAUGCGGUGAACUGAUUCAGGCCCUAACAGACUCGUGAACAAUUGAGUCAAGGCCCUUUUCGGACAAGAUAUGUAACAGCAAAGUAAAUUUCUAAAGUUUAGGAAGUUGAAGAAAAACGAAACUAGUUUUUGUUGCUAAAAUAUUGAGUACUCUGACAUAAAAUGAAAUUUAGAAGAUCUUUUGCAAUCCGACAUAAAGAAAUAUCAAAUAGAACUCACCGUAAUUGAGCACAAACAAAAGUUUGGAGAAAUUU